AUGGCGAUGGGUGCCGUAGCUGAGAGACCUGCCGUGCUGCUCCGGUUCCUUCAGCUGGGCGUGUUCUUGGUCCUUGGAGUUGCUGCACUUAGCCCGGCCGCGCACGGCUCCAGGGUUCGUCGCUACCAUUUCCUCGUAAAGAAGGUUGUCGUCACCAGGCUGUGCCGGCAGAAGAGCAUCCUCACCGUGAACGGCCAGUUCCCCGGCCCGACCAUCCGGGCGCGCAGCGGCGACGUCGUCGUCGUCAACGUCCGCAACCAUGGCGACAAGAACAUCACCAUCCACUGGCACGGCGUGGACCAGCCGCGGAACCCGUGGUCCGACGGGCCGGAGUACAUCACGCAGUGCCCCAUCCAGCCCGGCGCCGCCUUCGCCUACCGCGUCAUCCUCUUCCAGGAAGAGGGCACGCUCUGGUGGCACGCGCACACCGGCUUCGACCGCGCCACCGUGCAUGGCGCCAUCGUCAUCCUCCCCAAGCACGGCGCCGCCUUCCCCUUCGAUCAUCCUCGGCGCGUCGAGGAGAUGCCGCCGAUCAUCCUCAACGAAUGGUGGCGGGACGACGACGCGAACCAUCUCCUGGAGGAAGCCGUGCGGACGGGCCGCGACGUCAAGCCGUCGGACGCUGCCACCAUCAACGGCGAGCCCGGCGACAUGUUCCCGUGCUCCGAGGCCGGCACCUUCAGGGCGCGCGUGGAGCGCGGCGGGACGUACCUGCUCCGCGUGAUCAACGCCGGGCUCACCAACGACGUGUUCUUCGCCGUCGCCGGCCACCGCCUCACCGUGGUCGCCACCGACGCCAGCUACACCAAGCCGUUCGCCGCCGACCACCUCAUGAUCGCGUCGGGCCAGACCGUCGACGCGCUCCUCCACGCCGACGAUGCCGCCGGCGGUAGGUACUACAUGGCCGCGCGGACGUUCGCUUCCAACACCAACGUCGUCGAGUUCAACAACAGCACCGCCACGGCCAUCCUGGAGUACGCGGACGCCGCGCGGGGAAGGGCGGCGGCGCCGGUGUUCCCUGCUACCCUGCCCGCCGUCGACGACAUGGCAGCGGCGACGACGUACACGAAGCGGCUAAGGUCCCUGGCCAGCGAGGCCCACCCGGUGGACGUGCCGGCGCGCGCCGACGAGCGCCUGCUCGUGACGAUGGCCGUGAACCUGAUCCCCUGCGCGCCGGACGCGGCGUGCACCGGCCCCCGCGGCGACCGCCUCGCGGCGAGCCUCAACAACGUGAGCUUCCAGAACCCCGGAGCCGUCGAUAUCCUCAGCGCCUACUACUACCGCGACGGCAGCUCCGCCGGCGGCGUGUACGACGCGGGGUUCCCUGACGGCCCGCCGUCCCGGUUCAACUUCACCGACCCGGGGCUCCCGGAGGCGGGGCUCGUCGGCCCGUUCACGGAGCGGGGCACGAGGGUGAAGGUGCUGGAGCACGGCGCCGCCGUGGAGGUGGUGUUCCAGGACACGGCGGUGCUAGGCACGGAGAGCCACCCCAUGCACCUGCACGGGUACAGCUUCUACGUGGUGGGGCGAGGGAUCGGCAACUUCGACGAUGGCAGGGACCCCGCCGGCUACAACCUGGUCGACCCGCCGCGGCAGAACACGGUGGCCGUGCCCAAAGGCGGGUGGGCGGCGAUCCGCUUCCGCGCGACAAAUCCCGGGGUGUGGUUUAUGCACUGCCACUUCGAUCGCCACGUUGUGUGGGGAAUGGGCACUGUGUUCAUUGUGAAAAAUGGCAAGAAACCUGAGGCCAAAAUGUUGCGGCCUCCUCCAAACAUGCCAAAGUGCUGAUGGAACAGGGGCGUGAAUGACAGUGUUGUUUGCAUGACAAUUUCCUCAAUCUUUCAGUACAUUGUUAAGCAAGAUUAUUGUUUUUUAUUUAAAAAAACACAGGU